AUGACAGUAAAAGCCUCAUCAAGAGAAAAACGUGCAGCUGCAGCAGCAGGCCAGCAGCAGGCAGCAGCUCACAGUCACAGUCAACCAUGCCAUUGUCCAGCUCCACCCUCGCACUCGUCGUCUUGCUGCUGCUCUCCAUGGCUUCUCGUGCCAGGCCAUGCACUGGCUAGGAGAAGAGCUCCCUCGUCCGCUUCAUCACGGGGCUCUCAUGGGACGGCGGCCUUGCCAAGUCAUCGUGGCGGAAUAAUAAUGGCACGGCGGCCGACUGCUGCUCGUGGGAAGGCAUCACCUGCGGUGGAGGCGGCGGGGUGGUCACUGAGGUCUCCUUGCCCGGUACUGAACAUCCCCAGCAACCAAUUUACAGGGGAAUUCCCGUCAGCCACGUGGCAGGCCAUGGAUGAUCUGGUCGUGCUCAAUGCCAGCAACAACAGCUUCCAUGGAAGGAUGCCUACUUCCUUCUGCAUUAGCUCAUCGUUGUCCUUCGCCAUGCUUGACCUCUGCUACAACCAGUUCAGUGGACGCAUCCCAGCUGGUCUAGGUAACUGCUCUGAGCUCAGAGUACUCAGGGCUGGGCACAACAGCUUCAGUGGGGCUCUCCCGGAUGAACUCCUCAACGCUUCCUCGUUGGAGCACCUCUCUCUUCCCAACAAUGGCUUGUAUGGAAAGCUUGGUGCUGCACGUAUAGCCAACCUCAGAAAUCUGGCCCAUCUUGAUCUUGGAGGCAAUGGGCUAGAUGGAAAGAUCCCAGACUCCAUAGGUGAGCUCCGGAGACUCGAGCGGAGAGCUUACCAGGAUCGAGUUCUCUGCCCUGACCAACCUGAAGACAUUGGAUCUUCUGUUCAACGGCUUCAUCGGCAAGAUCCCAGAAAGCAUCUUCUCGUGCAGCAAUCUGAGUGCACUGCCGCGGCUGACAACAAACUACACGUGCAGAUUUCACCGGGGAUAGUCAACCUCAAGUCUCUUGUUUUCCUAUCACUUGCUUUCAACAAUUUUACAAACAUCACCAACACGCUCCAUGUCCUCAAGGAUUGUAAGAACCUCACCAUCCUGCUUACUAAUAGUAACUACAAGGGUGAAGCCAUGCCAGAAGAUGAAGCGAUUGAAGGAUUUCAGAAUCUUCGGAUUCUCUCCCUAGCUAGGUGCUCAUUAUCAGGGAAGAUACCACUUUGGCUAUCGAAGCUCAAGAAUCUGAAUGUGCUGUUUUUGCAAAAUAAUCAACUCAGUGGACCAAUACCUGCCUGGAUAAAGAGCUUAAAGUCGCUUUUCCAUCUAGACAUAUCAUACAACAAGCUUGCAGGGGAAAUACCGACAGCGUUAAUGGAGAUGCCAAUGCUAACAGCAGAAAAUAAGGCGAUCCAUUUGGAUCAAAGUAUAUUUCUGCUGAUUGUUUACAGAGGUACAUCAUUUGAGUACCGGACAAUCAGUGGUUUCCCAAAUAUACUGAAUCUUGGCUAUAACAACUUCACCGGAGUGAUCCCUAAAGAGAUUGGUCAGUUGAAAUCACUCACUAUACUCAAUCUCAGCUCUAACAGCUUGUCUGGAGAGAUUCCGGUGCAGCUCUGCAGCCUGGAAAAUCUGCAGUGCUAG